AUGUCGCCGCACACAAGGAGUGCCACGCGUGCUCAAGAGGCGUCGGCCAGUCAGCUCGGCUCGGGUGUCAAGAAAGAAGAGAGCGAGGACGAAAGUAUACACUCCCAGACUCUUCGUGGAGGACGCGCGCUCCUAGCCAAGCGCAAAGACGAUAAGCGCGCGUUGUCCCGGUUGCAGAAGAAGCUCAAUAAAGCUAGAGUGGCGAAAGUGAAUGGCAAGCGCAAGAGGAACAACUUGCGCGAUCGGUUGAGGCACAUGACCGAGAGGCUGAAGGAGGUAGACGAUAACCUGCGAAGUCUAUCCGAAAUCGUCGAAGCGGCCAAAGAAGUUUGCGACAAAGCGAAGGGGGUUAUUGAGGAUGAGCUCAACGAUGUCAUCAUUUACAGGUCGGAUGACUCCGAAUGCGUUGGUUCAGACGAUGAUUUGAGCGAGAGGGAUGAAUAG